CGAGAAGUAGAAAAGUGGAUAGUAGCAGAUUUCAAUGACAACCAAACAGAGCACAUAGACUGCUCCGAAUAUUGGCCGAAUUUUUGUGAAGAACACCAUGAACAAUUUUUAGGACGACCUGAAUUUAUAAUAAGUCCAACAGACACCACAGUUCCCGUGAAUGGUUCGGUGGAGUUUACUUGCAUGGCGUCUGGAGAUCCAAAUCCGCAAAUCCGUUGGAUGGUGAAUGGAAAGGAUCCUAGCACCUAUUUAGAUGGAGUCAGAAAAGUUUUAAGAGGAAAUCAUAAAUACCGGGACCCGGCACAAUCAGUAAAUUCAUUAUUUGUGAGGGAUUUCGUUACUAUGGCUUCCGGCCUAUUUGAUGGCAAUUCUCUAAACAAGUUAUGGCCUAUGGGCGUAAGUUAG